AUGCGAGUCUUGAAGAAGCAUCCCGUAUUCAGCAGAGAAGAUGAAUGGGACAGCACCAGAGUUUCCCACAGAUUCCGGGUCCUCACAUCCACAUAUCUGGAUGUCACAGAAGUAGGAAAAAGUAUUGGGUCUCUGCAAGACCUCUGGCCAAGCUACACCAUAGCAAGAUUUGAAUAUACUUCUGGGCAUGAAGCUCUCAAAUUAAUACCGUUGAAAUCUGCUGCAUUUUAUUUAUUUUUUUUGUCAGAGGAACUUAAAGCUCCUUUGGAAGAACAUAUCAAAAAGUUCAACGGCAAACAUCCCGGAUUGCUGAAAAUUGUGAGACACACAGAAAGGAAGGGUCUCACAGAAGCCCGCAUUUCUGGCUGGAGAGCAUCUCGGGCAGACGUGGUGGCUAUUUUGGAUGCGCAUAUUGAAGUCAACACAAAGUGGGCUGAACCAAUUCUCUCUCGCAUCAAGGAGGACCACACCGUUAUCAUAUCGCCCGUGUUUGAUAACAUCCGUUUUGAUGACUUCCAACUCACGCAGUACGCCGAGGCCGCCGACGGAUUUGACUGGGCUCUCUGGUGUCUCUACGAGUCCAUACCAGAAGAGUGGUAUGCGCUGAAAGAUCAAACGGCGCCAAUCCGUCAUACUGGCCAUGUGACUCUGGAAGUGUCUUUGGACAACGCUGGCUCCCUCACAGAUGAUCGCUGCCCCCAAGAGCCAGCUGAAUUGCGUAUUUGCCACCUCUUUGAAACCGAUGUCCUCCUUUUCCAGAAUUCUGGGAUAGAUUACGGAGACGUUUCUUCUAGAAAAGAACUAAGGAAGCAACUGAACUGCAAAAGCUUUGAUUGGUAUAUCAAAAAUGUCUAUCCUAACUUGGUCCUCCAGGUUAACAUUGUAGGCUAUGGAACAAUGAAAAAUAAGCUAAGUGAGGAAAAUUGCAUAGAUCAAGGACCAGUUCCUGGGAACACUCCAAUAUUGUACGUCUGCCAUGGAUAUAGCCCACAGCACAUGUUCUAUCACAGCACUGGAGAAUUCUUUGUGGGAGGUUUACGAUCUCGGCGCAACACGGUUGACAGAUGCUUGACCGACCCCGGAGAAGGAAACCUGCCAGUCAUCGAGCAAUGUGACGACGCCCAGAGAAAAGGCCUCAACAUGCACUGGGAUUUCAUGCAAGGAUCAUCUGUAACCAACAGGAAGACGAAACGGUGUCUUGAACUCGCGAAGCUUAACGGAUCCCCCUAUUAUACUCUAGUUAUGCAAGUUUGCACAGGUCAAAAAUGGCAUAUUCAAAAUACCGUCAACCAGUGGGGGAAGCAGCCGUAAGGCAAAGGGGGUAAGUUUUUCUUCAGUUCAGAAAGGAAGCUGCAGGGUAGCAGACACUAAUGGGAAUAGACUUCUUUGUUCAGUCUGGGAAUACGUUGGAGGAUUGUUACUUGGUUUUUGAUUCCGGGGUGUGAGAUUACUCACGACCACGACUGAGUCCCAAAUUUCUGCUGCUAAGCAAGAUGGUUGUUAAGUGAGUUUUGCCCUGUUUUACGACCUUACUUGCCAGAGUUGCUCCUUUGGAAGAAGAAGAAAGAGACUUCAAAUCUGUCAAAACGUUCACAAGUUAUUAUCUACACUUUCUCUUUUGUAAACUAAACAACGCAGAUUCUUUCAAGCCAUUUACAGGAAUGCUCUGUCCUGUUAAUGUUAUUAACUAUCUGAUAACCGGGUAUUUAUUUAUAGGAGGAAAAUGUCCGGCCCAAACGUAACUUCUAAUGUUGGUUUUUCUCCCUUAUAAGAGGGAGCCCCCUGGUGGAGUACUGUGAAGCCGUUACCAUGGCAACUUCACUGUGCUGUACAGUAGAAGUCAUUUU